AUGUCUGAGGGAAUUGAAGCUGUGAUUGCCAAACUUGGUGAUAGACCAAGAUCAGAAGUUGUCAAAGAAUUGGCAAGUUAUGGUAAUGUUGAUAGUCUCACUCAAUUCAACAUGAAACUUGUUAACGACGGCAGGCAACGUAAAAACUUUCCAAAGGGAGAAUAUUAUAUAAGAAGAAAGCUGAAGGGAGGCAGUGUAUAUGUAACACUGGAAGAACGCUUGGCUAGCGAUAUCUGUGAAAUUUCCAAUUUCCUUGACUCUGGAACUGUAACUAACGAACUAAGAGAUAUGUUUAAGAGUGAUUGUAGUCGGGUUGUGGCGAAUCUAGCUUCUGUUAACAAUGACAGCCCUGCUUUCACUAGUCAACUAACACGUAGCAUUGACCGGUCAUUAACUACGACCAACAGCCCUGCAAUGUUUACACCGCCUUAG